AUGAGUAAUUACGAAAGUCCCUCUACAGUAUCUAUCAUCUUAUAAUUUGUCUAGAAUUCCAAAUACAGUAGACACAAAGGCUAUUUAAAGUGGGAACUUGCUAAUAAGGAUGUUAGUGGUGCAUUUGAUGCUCAACAACUAUAAUUAGAAAAGGGACUAAUCAAUCGGGAUAGAUAAGCAAACUCCUUAAUGAUACCUUCAAUGAAAUCACCCUAAUCUUCAAAAAUUAGUCCUGAACCCUCAACUACAAGGGAACAUACCUGUUGUGACAAAUUAGAUGAAUAAAGCAAGCAAUAUGUAAUAGCAAUCCAAUUAAAAUGUAGUAAUUAAUCAUAAAUGAGCAAAUGAAUAAAUUAACUGAGUUAAAUUUAUUGAUUUAACAACAUUCUAAACUCUUGAUUGAGUCUUACAAUCAAGGAUUAGAAGAUGCUAAAACUCAAUAAUAAAAGGAAUAAUAGAUUUUAGAAAAUAAUCGGUUAUUGAGAGAAAGGGAUAGAUAGAUUCAAGAGUGGGAAGAGAGGUACAAUAAGGAGAAAAAGAUUGGUGAUGAAAAGGAAGAAGAGAUUCGGUAGAUAUGGAUUUUAGUUUAAUAGUGAACUUGAAAAGCAGGUAAAAGAAUUGGCAACUCAAGUUGUCAUAACUACAAGUGCCACGGAUUUGGAAAGUGAGAAAAACCAAUGGAAAAAUAAAUUUAUCACAUUAAAUAAACAGUUUAAUGAAGCUGAAUAGCAAGUGGUUGUACUUGAAAAUGAGAUUGACAUGUUGAAAUAACAGUAGAAAAAGACUGAAGUUAGAGUAAAAUAUUUAUUCCAAAGUCUAGACAAGCACGAGAAGAAAAACAGUUACAAAGGAUAUCCCUAUGCCUUGAUAAUUUCAUAUUGGC